AACGAUAGGCCUAGAUUCACAAAAUUUGUCCACGUUUAAACCAAAACAUCACAAUGAGUUACUUUUCUUAUAUCAAUCAUUUUGUUGCAAUAGUUGGGGCACUUUUCCUCCGAUGGACUGUUUCACUUAAUCCGUACUCAGGAGAAAACAAGGCUCCAAUGUAUGGUGAUUAUGAAGCUCAGAGACAUUGGAUGGAGAUAACAUACAACUUGCCUGUUAAGGAAUGGUAUGUGAAUUCAAGCAAAAAUGAUCUUCUCUACUGGGGACUUGAUUACCCUCCUUUAACAGCAUACCACAGUUGGUUUUGUGGACUAAUAUCCAAUUAUAUUGACCCAGCAUGGGUGCAACUUGGUGUUUCUCGUGGCUUUGAAAGCUAUCACCAUAAACUAUUCAUGAGAUACACAGUACUAACUGCUGAUGUGCUAAUUUACAUGACUGCUGUCCUAGCAUUCAUUAAUUCAGGCCUUCCAAAAUUGACAGCAAGCAAAAAGAACAUAUUGCUUGGGCUGAUUCUUGCUUAUCCUGGACUGAUUUUAAUUGACCAUGGCCACUUCCAGUACAAUUGCAUCAGUCUUGGUUUGUGUGUUUGGGCCGUCGUGUUACUUGUUCAAAAGCAGGCUAUCGCUGGUGCAGUUUUCUUUUCAUUGGCCUUGAAUUACAAACAGAUGGAGCUGUAUCAUGCAUUCCCGUUUUUCUUCUAUCUGGCUGGGUUAUGUUACAAGCAAAAUACUUGGUUCCGAUCAUUUAUAAAGAUAGUUGGUAUUGGUGUUGCAGUGAUAACAACUUUCGUAAUUUGUUGGCUGCCGUUUCUAAGCGACUUAUCCCUUGCACUUCAAGUGCUGCAUAGAAUAUUUCCAUUUGCUCGAGGACUCUAUGAGGACAAAGUUGCAAACUUUUGGUGCUCGCUUUCUGUCUUAAUAAAGAUAAAAAAUAUCCUGUCCGUGCAACGUACAGUUCAGAUGUGCCUUAUCACCACGCUUCUAGUCUGCAUUCCAACAAGCAUUGAUCUUUUCUUCCGACCAACAAUAAAGAAGUUCCUUUUGAGUCUGGUAAAUUGCUCUCUUGCGUUUUUCCUUUUUUCGUUCCAAGUUCAUGAAAAGUCUAUUCUAAUUGCUGCUUUGCCCGUGUGCUUAUUGCUGCCAACAAUGCCUUUGGAAUGUGUUUGGUUUUUGUUAAUAUCUACAUUCAGCAUGUAUCCUUUACUUGAAAGGGAUGGGCAAGCAAUUUCUUACACUGCCUUGAUGUUAUUGUUUCUUAUAUUGGCCAAUCAAUUCCUCGAUUUGAGGAAACAACCCAGAGCAACUCGAGUUCUAUUUGGGCUUUCCAUUGCUGGCUCAGUCGUCAUACAUCUACUGGCAUUAACCAUCACUCCACCACAGCGUCUCCCUGACUUGUUUGUUUCAGUCCGUCAUUUGCCUUGCUAUUCCUGCGGUCUUUUCUGUUGGGCCUGUGCGUGUUUAAACUCACAGUCCAAUGCAAUACAGACCUUCAAAAGAGACGUAUGA